AUGCAGGCCGCGGCAACUGAGCUGUAUGUUACUUGUAUAUUUCCCAUUCCUACGAAGGUCUUCCCUGGUCUCGUACUCUUACGCAAAAUAUGUAAUCACCCGGAUCUGGUUACUGGUGGACCACGGCUGUUUGGAUCUGUUUCGGUCGACGAGGAAGCAGCUGCACUUGAGCAAGAACUCCUCGAGACUGAAGCUGAGUGUAAGGCACGUCGCCACCGGAAGCGAAAAUACACCUCCAAUAAUCUGCAUGAAGAGCAGCAGGACGUAAAAGAGAGAGAAGUAUCGCCGAUGUGCCGGCCAAAUACUACGUACUAUCCUUGGUCGGAUUUUGGCUGUCCUCGGAGAUCAACUAAAAUGAUCGUAGUAGAUGCCUUGCUCAAAAACUGGAAGGAUCAAGCCAAUAAGGUCUUGCAAUACAAGAAGGUUUCACAGCCAUAA